AUGAUGCAUCCUGCCUUCGUUUUAUGUUUUCUUAUGCUUCUUGUUAUUGUUACUUUUCAAUCAGUAAAAUCUGGAGUAAGUAAUUAUAUUCCAGUGAACGGCUGUGUAUGGUCUGAUUGCAAUGUAAGCAAUAUUAUUCCUACGAUUCAAAAUUAUUCAAUUGAUUGUUGUAAACUAGAAGUUCCUCUUAAUUAUGCGAAACCAAAUGAGACAAAGAUUACUAUUUCGAUGACACGUCUCAAGUCCUUUAGUCAACAAAAUACGAUGAACAAUACUCUUUUCAUUCUGACAGGUGGUCCCGGUGAAUCUGGUUGGACUUAUAUUGAAUAUGCAGGCAUUCUUUUUCCACCUAGUUAUGGUAUAACUAUUAUAUUGCCUGAUCAUCGUGGUAUUGGGCUAUCGACUUCCAUUAGUUGCGACGAUUAUGGUUCACAAAAUAUAACUGUUGAUUGUAUUUCUUAUUUGACCUCGAAAUGGGGCAUUGAAGGUUUAAAUCAAUUUUCUAUCACUGCAGCAGCUCAUGAUUUAUCGGUUCAAAUUCGAUUUUAUCAAUCCAUUGUUUCUGGUCGUGUGUCGGUAUAUAGUUUUAGCUAUGGAACAAUGUGGCUCGAUCGUUUUCUUCAAAUCUAUCCAAAUUUAGUUCAGUCAGCUAUUAUGGAUAGUGUUGUCAAUCCACAACUCUUCUCUUCAAGUCGUUAUGAUCUUUGGACAUCAUUAGUUGCUACAAAAUUUUUAACAUACUGUCAAUUUCAAUCAGAAUGUAACCGGUAUUUUCCAGCUGAUGAACCCCCUCAAAUCAUGCUAUCGAGAAUACUUAAGGAAUUAGCUGGAAACAAUCAACGUUGUGCGAAGAACUAUUUGUCACAAUAUCAUUUGACUGAUGAAAAGCUUCGAAGUUUAUUUCGUAACAUGAUGACAUCGAGCACGUCAUAUUAUGAUCGUACUGUCAUACCGGCCGUCAUAUUUCGUUUGAAUCGUUGUAACCAAGAAGAUGUGAUGGUAUUGAAAUUUUUUUUCGAAACUACUAUUGGAGUGGAAGAAAGUACAAAUACAAGCCGUCCAACUGUUCCAUCACUUUUCGGUUCUGCCGUGCUUGGUUAUAAUAUUAUUCAAUCGGAAUUGUGGCUAGGUAAAGAUGAAAAUGAAGUUGAUGAAGAGACUAUUUUAGCUUGGCAUUCUUCAACUUUAAUGGCUCCAGAGAAUCCGAAAUUUAUGAUAUCUUUGCGAUCUAAAUGGCCUAAGUAUCCGUUAGAUGAAUAUCAUCAUAAAGUGGCUACCAAUUCAACUGUAUUGAUGUUAUCAAGUCAACUUGAUAUGGCAGCACAUCUUGAUUAUGCCAUUCAUCUUGCAACAAUAACAGCCAAAACACGAACAUUCUAUGCUUUUCCAUUGAUUGGCCAUGUUAUUAUUCCUAUAGCAUUACUUGGCUAUCAAUGUCCACUAAAACUAAUCUCUUCAUGGGCAUUUCCAAAUUUAUUUCCUUCAGAAUGGAGUGAUCCUAGCUGCAUUCAAGAGUUUCCUACGACAAUAGAUUUUGUUGGAGCUCAUGAACAAGGAAGAUUUGCUUCAAUGAAAUAUUUAAAUAUAUCGAAGCCUUUUGAUAAACUUAAUUUAAGUGCUAUUCCGAAUUCAAGUAUCCGUUCGACAAGUGCUUACGAAUUUUUCAUUUACUUUUCACUAUUUUUUCUAACAUUGUUUGUUAAGAUUAAGUGA